AUGAUUCUCCUUCUCCUAGAGUUCAUUCGAGAAGAACGAGAGGGUGACUGGGAGCUACAUCUAAAGGUUACAACAAAGAUGAUUCCUUAUUUUUUUGCAAUGGAUGGCUUGAAUUUAUCCCGGUGGCUACCCGUGUAUAUUGUGGAUAUGCGCAGUCUGCAAGAAAAAGCUCUAGAUGUCUACAACGAGUUCCUUAGAGGAAACCACACUUUCAGCAGGUCAACGUCACAGUCAUUUAACCAAGUCUGGACGGACAUAGCUCUCGAACAGAGCAUUAACCUUGACAGUAAAACUAAAGGUGGCGUAAUCGGUAUUACGCAAAGGCCAAGCGCUCUCCAAAAAUGGUUUUUGACAGCACACGAGAGAACAGCAACCACGACUGCUACCAAAAGGAUGAUAGAUUUGGAUGAAUCUACAAGAAGUUCACACAAGGAAUCAUCAAAAGUCACAGUUCAAAGAGACGAAAAUGACAUCAAGAAGGUCAUACACACUCUGCAGACAGUGAUGUCUAAUCCGUUCGAUGAAGAUGCGUACAGAGAGGACGUUCCACUAAUGAACCUUGCUACGGGAGUAGUUAUGCUAGAGGAGAUAUCAGAGCAACUUGUUGAUGCCCAAUGUCUAGGAGCAGCGAGGAUGGAGUUAUUUGUGAGCAUGCGUAUCAAUACCAAUGAAGUUGCGUUUUGGGAACCGAUGGAAAAGAUGAACAUAAAAACCUUUGCAAGUUUGUCAAAGAAAGCAAAGGUUAAGUCCGUGGAUGAGAAGCUUGUAACAGUAAACGCGGACAACUUAACUUGUUUGGGCGGCUUUUGA